AUGCAACUUGGCGGCAAUGAUGGGCUCAAGAAUUAUCUCAACUAUGCAAAGCUGCAGCAAAUCAAGAAUGAGCGAGGGAGAAUGGGGUCACCGGAGGUUAUGGAACUAACGAGGGAUUUUGCUGCUACUGAUCCAGCGAACAAGGUGUUUGGAUUGCUGGCGCUCAUGAGUGAAGACGACCGGCGAGCCAUUGGUCCCUACACGCAAACUGUUGAAGAAGUAUUUCGACGUUUUGCAGCGCUCCAAGUUCGACGGAGUUUCACUAUCAAAAUGCUUGACAGUGCAGGUCUCCAACGAAGAAACAGCUCUGGACGAAGACUUCCAUCAUGGGUCCCGGACUGGGCGGGACUGACGAAGUCGCCGAGACAGAUUGCUGGCGUGCGUCCCGUUCCAUACGCUGCCGCCGGAUUUACGGAACCUCAUGUUUGCAUGAUUGGCGACGAGUCGGGAUCUGGCGGUCUCAGUCUUCGCGGCAUGAUAGUUGACACAAUCGACAGUGUUGUCCAUGUCCAUGGCGCGCCAGUAACAGCCGAUGGCGAGCCGUCAAUCUUGGCAUUCCAUGACAAGUUUCGCCCGGCGUUUGAUAACUACCUGAGAGGGAUCAGAGGAAAGCCCAGAUACAUGGACAACCAAGAAGUGUUUGCGCGCUUGUUGCUGAUGGACGACACAUAUACGGGCCGCAAUGCCAUCCUGUAA